AAAAAAAAAUUUGGCGCCUAAAAUUAUCGCCAAACGCAUAGGCCAUACGUCACUCAUGUCAGAGUCAGAUGAAUCUAACCUAUUAAAAACUUGUAUGCUGUAGAUAUUAAAGAAUAUUUUAAAAAUAGGAGAGAAAAUGGAUGCAAGAGUGAAUGAUUUUCUUAACGAAAUUGACGAAAUAGCCCCACUUAACGAAAACAAGGAGGAAUAUGUUUGGGAAAAGUGUUAUGAUGAAGAGAGCGGUUACCAUUAUUAUUGGAACAUUAAAACAAAUGAAGUAACUUGGGAUAUGCCUCCAGAAUACAAGUCACUGAACAAAACUAAAACUAAAAAAACUUCCAACUUGUAUAUCCCUCCAAGAACUGCUCCUUUGUUUCCUAGUACACAUAAUCUGUUACCGCCUGUAUCAGACGCGAUAAAAAUUUAUAAAAUCGGAGAAUGUGCAGGUACUAUUCCUGGAAGUAGUACAAGAAGCGAUAAAGCGGCUAAAGGGGAAAAACCUAAGCCUAAAGAAGAGAAAAAGACUGUAAAGAGAAAACCUCUUAGAAAAUCUAGUGAUUCAGAUGAUGAAAAAAUUGUUCUCAUCUCGUCUUAUAGUGGUGAUAGUGACUCAGAGGAAGAAAAAGAAGACACGAGUAAAAAUAAAUUGAUAAAUGGAUCAAAGCCGAGUCUUGGUUCAGAGGAUGACGACGAGGUUGCAAAACUAAAAUCAUCGCAAUUACAAGUUUGUGAAAGUGACAAUAAAUACAAGUCUACAGUUGUAGCGAAAAAACCCGAAAACAAAGAAAUUUCCGGAUUUUCCCUUGUGGCGGGUUAUAGUGAUUCCGAUGAGGAACAAGAUGAAUCAAGCAGGCCAAAUUUUCUAAUAGGACCACCUCCUCAAGAAAAGAAAAUUUCUCAUAGCACCCUUUUUCCUGCUACUAAACCAAUUGAUGUUAAAGAUUUCGCUGAAUCACCGAAAGGAACUGAAGGAGAUGAAGGUUUUGAUUCAAAAGCUUUUCAACGUAAACGGCGAAUUGGAGUAGCUUUGAUAAACGCCGGGAAAAAAGCAGUAAUUGAUGAUGAUAACGAACGAAAAGGGCUGGGAUUCUCCAACGACAGCAAUAGUGGUGAUAAUUCAAGCAGUCCGUAUACUGGAUUUAAAAGCGGGGGUGUUAUGUUUGUGAAAGCUGAUGUUUUAAACCCAACGAGUAUUGAAGAAAAACCGGAAGAUGUUGUGCCAAUAGAGGAAACGUAUACGACACUAAAAGAAAAGCUAGGAUUUUUGAGUGAGGGUCGAGAAGAGGUUUCCCCCGUUCAAGCGAUGCUUAUUCAACUUGAGACUCUGUACAUUGCCCUGAAGUCGGGAAAUUUAAAACAGACCUAUUUAAAACAAUGGCUGGAUGAAAAAUGCUCAGAACUCAUCAAACUUGAAAAAGAAGCAACUCCAGAAGGUUGGCUUCUUCAGUGGGAUAGGAGUCAUAAGCGCUAUUAUUAUCAAAAUGCGUCCACGGGGGAGAGUCAGUGGGAAUACCCCCAAGCCGACGUUACGGUGUGUGAUGAGGCCAUGGACAUUUGUACAACACCUCCUCCAACAGAACCAACAAUACAUAUGUCGCCCCCAUUGCCACCAAUCAUCGGUAGUCCAAGUCCUCCGCCUGCCCCCAGCAUUAGCGACUGCAAGUCCAGUAAAAAAAAGAAAUGUGAUAUUCCUCUUCCUCCUGAACCAAAAAAAGAUGUCUCUGGUGAAAGAUAUGCCAGCAAUGGAGAACCAUUUCCUCCAGGUGUCGACACGUCUGACGUCACAACAAAAACAAGAGAUACUAAAAGAAACGAUAUGACCGAUGUUUUAAACUCGUUUUAUUCAGAUAUUGCUGCAAUUGAAACCAGUACUUCACCACCGGUUUCUAGUGUUACCGAAGAACCAAAACCUGAAUCAACUGUGGAUAGUGUACAAGAACCGAUGAAGAAAAAGAAAAAAAACAAAGUGAAAUUGGCACAGGGAAUAGCUAUGAAGAAGAAAGGAGUGUCCAAAUUGGUAGAAAAAUGGAAAAAUGUACAAUUAUCAUAUAAUGAUUGAGUUUUUUUACCUAAAUAUUAAACAAGAAAAAAGAAA